GCUCUCCAAAUCCACAGCCACUCUAAUCCAUCUCAAGCGAGCUCGCUCCCUUCCCUUCCCUUCCCUUCUCUCUCGCUUUCUCUAAGCUUUGGGGUUGCUGCUGCUCCCGAAUGGCGUCCACGAGCGCUGUCGGCGGUCACAUGUCGAACGUCCUGAGAUCAGCUGCGUGGAAGCCCUCCGCCUGCCCCUCCCAAAGUCAUAGAUUAAAUGCAAAUUGUGCACCAUGUUUAUCAUGGCCCUCUAGCAGAGGAGAACAUAAAAUGAGAUCUCUGCGUGUAUAUGGUUUAUUUGGAGGAAAGAAGGACAAGAGCGAGAACGCUGAUGAUGCACCAUCAAAGGCAGGCAUUCUGGGAAAUAUGCAAAAUUUAUACGAGACUGUUAAGAAAGCCCAAAUGGUAGUCCAAGUUGAAGCUGUUCGAGUACAAAAGGAACUUGAAGCUGCGGAAUUUGAUGGUUAUUGUGAAGGUGAGCUAAUCAAGGCAACUCUUUCUGGAAACCAGCAACCCAUACGCAUUGAAAUCACUGAGGCUGCAAUGGAGCUGGGUUCUGAAAAGCUCUCUCUGUUGGUAACCGAAGCGUACAAGGAUGCGCACCAGAAAAGUGUUCAGGCUAUGAAAGAGAGAAUGAGCAAUCUUGCCCAGAGUUUGGGAAUGCCACCAGGCCUCAGCGAGGGACUGAAGCAAUGAAUACACCGGUUCAUCUAACCAUGGUCUACAUGGAACUCGUGUUCCUCACCUUGACAGAAUUCGUGAUAUGAAGUCGAGGGGCCAUUUUGUUGAUUUGCUUUUGAGUCAAGUUGAUGACAACUCCUAUAAUCUCAUACCAUAUACUUUCGCCCUUAAAGUUGAAUUAUCAUUUUUGUUGCAAUUCCUAUAAUCUCAUACCAUAUACUUUCGCCCUUGAA